AUGCUUUCAAGGGCCAAACCUGCUGUAGGCGGGGACGUACAGCACACUGACAAAAGAAAGAAGAAAGGUAGGAAGAUUCCAAAACUAGAGGAGCUACUUUCACAAAGAGAUUUCACUGGAGCUAUUACCCUAUUGGAGUUCAAACGUCAUGUUGGGGAGCAAGAAGAGGAUACUAAUUUGUGGAUUGGAUACUGUGCUUUUCACCUAGGUGACUACAAGAGAGCUCUGGAGGAAUAUGAAAAUGCAACAAAAGAGGAAAAUUGUAAUCCUGAAGUCUGGGUGAACUUAGCUUGUACCUACUUCUUUCUUGGGAUGUAUAAACAAGCUGAAGCAGCUGGAUUUAAAGCUUCAAAAAGCCGGCUCCAAAACCGCCUGCUCUUCCACUUGGCUCACAAGUUUAAUGAUGAGAAAAAAUUGAUGAACUUUCAUCAGAAUCUUCAGGAUAUCACAGAAGAUCAACUCAGUUUGGCCUCAAUUCACUAUAUGCGAUCUCACUACCAAGAAGCUAUUGAUAUAUAUAAGCGAAUACUAUUAGAUAACAGGGAAUACCUUGCCCUCAACGUUUAUGUGGCACUCUGCUACUACAAGUUGGAUUACUAUGAUGUGUCUCAAGAAGUUUUGGCUGUUUACCUUCAGCAGAUUCCUGAUAGCACCAUCGCUCUCAAUCUUAAGGCCUGUAAUCAUUUUCGCCUUUACAAUGGCAAAGCAGCCGAGGCAGAACUCAAAAGCUUGAUGGACAAUGCUUCUUCGUCCUUUGAAUUUGCUAAAGAACUCAUCAGGCACAAUCUGGUGGUUUUUCGAGGAGGCGAAGGGGCUUUGCAAGUUUUACCUCCCCUGGUUGAUGUCAUUCCUGAAGCGAGGCUAAACUUGGUGAUCUAUUACCUUCGUCAAGACGAUGUACAAGAAGCUUAUAAUUUAAUUAAGGAUCUGGAACCUACUACCCCUCAGGAGUAUAUCCUCAAAGGAGUGGUAAAUGCAGCUCUUGGCCAGGAAAUGGGUUCAAGGGAUCAUAUGAAAAUUGCCCAGCAGUUCUUCCAGCUGGUGGGAGGAUCAGCUAGUGAAUGUGAUACAAUACCAGGGAGACAGUGCAUGGCUUCCUGUUUCUUCCUGCUUAAGCAAUUUGAUGAUGUCUUAAUUUACCUCAACUCAUUUAAGAGUUACUUCUAUAAUGAUGACAUCUUUAAUUUUAAUUAUGCCCAAGCCAAAGCUGCAACAGGAAAUACCAGCGAGGGCGAAGAGGUGUUCCUCUUGAUCCAAAGUGAGAAGAUAAAAAAUGAUUAUGUUUACCUCAGCUGGUUAGCUCGGUGCUAUAUUAUGAAUAAGAAACCAAGACUAGCCUGGGAACUUUAUCUCAAGAUGGAGACCUCUGGCGAGUCCUUUAGUCUCUUACAACUCAUUGCUAAUGACUGCUACAAGAUGGGCCAGUUUUACUAUUCAGCCAAAGCUUUUGAUGUCCUAGAGAGGCUGGAUCCCAACCCUGAAUAUUGGGAAGGCAAAAGGGGUGCCUGUGUGGGCAUUUUCCAGAUGAUCUUGGCUGGGAGAGAGCCCAAAGAGACCCUUCGAGAAGUGCUCCAUUUACUGAGAAGCACAGGUAACACUCAAGUAGAAUACAUCAUCCGGAUCAUGAAGAAAUGGGCCAAAGAAAACAGAGUGCCUAUCUAAAACAGCUCCAGAGCCCUAGGAACCAGCUUCCACUUUACGUCAACUUAGAAAUAAUAUUCUUCAAGUUUAAUGUAUGACGCAGGGUUCUAUUUCACUGACAUUAUCCUUCCUUGCUUUUCAAGCCUCAAGGUCAGUCACUGACUUGCUUAGACCUAUCCUCCUGGCUGAAAAAGAUACUAUAGUCUACGGCCCCUGAAUGACUCUAUAGCAAUAACUUUGGACUUAUCUGGUGCCUUUCUCCCUGAAAUUACAUCAGAGCACUCUUGUGUAAUUUACUGACUUUAAGGAGAACAACAGAACUUUUUUGAUGUUUGCAUUUCAUGGUAUUUUCUCAUAGCUGCAAUAACAAGUCUUUCUCUGAUGCUCAAG